AUGAAUGAGUUCAACUAUAUCGGCAAUAAAAAUAACAACGAAACAAACGAGAUCAACGUGAUCGACGAGAUUAACGAGAUCAACGAGAUCAAUGAUAGCAACGACACCAACGACGAUACCAAUGAUGUCAAAGAAACCAAUGAUAACAACGAUGCCAACGAUUCCAAAGAAACCAACGAGAAUAAAGAGGCCGACGAGUACGAUGAAAUAGACCAAGAAGAGUGGAGGAAAAGAAACCAACAGAUCAACGAGAUCAAUAAGCUCAAUGAGAUCAACGAGAUCAAUGAGCUCAAUGAGAUCAAUGAGAUCAACGAGAUCAACAUGGUCAACGAGAUCAACGAUAUCAACGAUACCAACCUUACCAACGAUUCAAACGAUACCAAUGAUGUCAAAGAAACCAACGAUACAAACAAUGCCAAUGAUACCCUCGAUAGCAACGAUACCAAAAAAAACCAAACGAGACUGAAGAGUAUAAUAAGGCCAAGGAUUAAGACGAAAUAA